AAUAAAUCGAUGAUGUAAACUACGUCAUAGUUAUGUAUGUGAACAAAUGACAUAUGUUUGUAAAUGUCUGUGCUUGAAAGCAUCAGUACAAAUCAGUUGUUGUCAAUUAGGUGUUAUGAUGCUAAUAUAGUUGAAAUUGUUUGAAAAAUGCGUGCCGAAAAUAUUGAAAUACAUACAAAAUCGAUAACUGAUGAAUUACCAAAUUGUAUUUUUACUGGAAUUGGUACAGCCAUAAAUCAAUUGUAUGACGAAAAUGGAACGACAGCAGGCUUACAACAUAUAUCAUAUGAUAAUAGUUUUCAAUGUCAACAGUCAGAUCGAAUGUCACUCUAUGUGAUUUGUUCAGGGAAUGGUUUUUCGAAAUAUGCCAAAGAAAAACUCGUAGCAGAAAUUUUAUUUGGACAAUUAAACGAUAAUACACAUGAAGAUGUGAAAGAUGUUCUAAGGCAGGCUUUCAGUUCACUCGAAAGAGACUACUUGAAUUGGAUCGAUGAGUGCCUUACACAACAAGUUCAAAAUAUGGAUCAAAUAAGAAAUAGCAAUGAAGAGGCAACAUUACAGUCUUUUGCAGAACAAAAUACCGUCUACGGAAUCCAUAUAGCUCUUGCUUUUAUCUACAAUUAUAAAUUAUAUACUUGUAAUGUUGGUAAAUGUCGGGUGAUCUUAUGCAAAACCGAUAGUAGCAAUGUGCUGCGAGCCGUUCAAAUGAGCGCUGGCUGUGAAAUUAAUCAAGAAACCACUACAUACGGAUGCGAGUCAAUAUUAUCGCGAUUAGAAAUUGUUGGACCAAUUCCAUUAGACGACAGUCAUAGAUUUUUAGUCAUGAUGUCCUCUGGAUUGUGCAAAGCACUCCAAGAAGUUCACAAUCAUGAAGAACAAAAUGUUAAUCGUGAACUGGUACAGAGUAUUGUGCACUGUUUUCGAAUAAAACCAUCACUUGGGAUCGUCGCCCAAUCGGUCAUCGAAAAAAUCAUGUCUCAACAUUUGGCCCAUCAUAUGCAACGAACAAACAAUACUUCCUUCAAGAGUAGACCCGACAUGACAUUGAUGAUACGUAACUUCAACUAUCCAAUGCCAAAUGGAAUACAGUUUACACCACCACUACCGCCACCAAAUAAGGUCACAUUCAAUCCAGUCAAUCGAGAGCAUGCACUAACCAAUACCACAAUGACAACAUCAUCAGAGCAUACCAGUAAUUUAGAUACAACCAAUUCGAAUUACACAAGUGGUUCAACCGCCACAAAUAGUUCCAAUCGAAGUGAAUUUUUUGAUAUAAACGUUCGAAUCAACCCAUAUAUAGAUUUUUCCGAUUAUUAUAAAAACAUUGAAGUAGCCAAAAAAAAGGGAACUCUCCCAAAAACCAUACGAUUUAAUUAAUAUAAUAGAGUGUGGUCAUUGUUUUUAUU